AUGCUGAACCAGAUCGCCACUAACCCCGACGUCGACCGGGAGUUCUUCCGGCAGGGGAAACCGCGGGUGGCCAAGAUCGACUAUUACAUGAAACGGGUAGUCGCCUUCCGCCGCAAGCUGUCCGUGCUGGUUCACAUCUGCAGCGGCCAGCCCGCUCGUGCCCCUGAACUGCUGUCCAUCCGGCACCGCAACACCGACGCUGGCGGCGUUCGCAAUAUCUUCAUUGAGGAUGGCCUGGUGGCCAUCGCCACCGCCUACCACAAGGGCUUCCAUGCCACCCACGACGCCAAAAUCAUUCACCGCUACCUACCACGGGAGAUCGGUGAUCAACUCGAUACAGGAUCUUAUCGCUGGCAUUUCGGCCACACACGCAAAGACUUCGAUCUCCUUACCCCUCACCAAUUCGCGAAAGCCCUCAAGAAUGAAGCCCAUGUUUUCGCACUGAUGGUUUGGGACAAGAAUGAGGAGGCCCAUGACACCCUUAACGAUGAAAUCCAUCCCCCUGACGACCCGACAAACCUCGAACCAACUCAAGAUAACACUUCCGAUCCCACGACCAAAUUUCCUGAAUUCGCCGCAUAUCCGAAAGCCUUAGAGACGUACGCUUGA